AUGCGCAACCUGUUGACCGCGUUCUUCAAUAGCAUGGAAGAGUACGAAACAAGAAGGCAAAAGUGCCAUGUUGGUAUAUUGUUUUGCAAUGAAUGUAACAACAUGUUGUACCCAAAAGAAGAUAGAAAUAUUAAAAAGCUACUUUACUCAUGUAGGAAUUGCGAUUUUAGUCAAGAAGCCGACAACCCUUGUGUUUAUGUCAACAGACUAGAGCAAGAAGUUGACGAAUUGGCUUUAAUCGUGCCGGAUGUUGUACAUGACCCAACUCUACCAAGAACCGAUGAUCAUAUAUGCAGAAAAUGUGGAAAUCCGGAGGCUGUGUUCUUUCAGUCUCAGACUCUUCGAGCCGAAGAGAAUAUGCGCCUAUAUUACGUCUGCACAAAUGUGGAGUGUUUACACAAGUGGACUGAAUAG